CUACGGUCACACUGGCGGCAAGUUUAGCAUUAGCACUUUGCAAUUUGUAAACAAAACAGCAAUUCGUUGCUGACAAAUGGCCACCUGGACCCAAAAUGCGCCCACAGGUGUCAGCAAAAGGAGGCGUUGGAAUCUCGAAGAUCGUGCGUCGCUCAACAAACUGAAAGAACAUAUUGCAGAGGAAGGAUGUCCUCAGGUGCAGUACGACUUGGCAAAAAAGCUGCUAGAGAAUGCCAUUGAACCCAACGUUGCCAACGAGAGUCAAAAGGCGAUUCAUUGGCUUGUCAGCGCAGCGCAGCAAGGACACGAGGAAGCCGUGCAAUUGCUCCGGAAAUGCUACAACGACGGCAGCGGCAUUACAGCCGACAAUGCGGAUGAAGUGCGUCGCUGUCUGGCCAUGACACCAGGCGAACGGGCCGCACGCAAAGCAGCCCGAGAACUCUUUGCCUGCCUCUCGAAUGGCAACGAACACAUCACACCCAAGCAGUUGGAGCGCAAAAUGCGUCGAAUUUACAACUUGCAACGCAAACGACGCCGCCGUGGCGCUGCCAACGACGAUGCCUCUUCUUCCAACACCGAGGAUGACGUCAGCGAUUGGGAACGUGAACCGCUGGAAGAUGCAGCCACCAUUGGACGGGACACGAAUGUGAAGCGACGCCGCUUCAUCACCGAGGCACAGCUGGUCUCAGCGGCCGCCAACUACAGCGCUGGUCGCAUGCCCAGUGUAAAUGAAACGCUGACGCUAUCGGUGCCGCAUCCACAGAGCUUGGAUCAUGUGCCCUGCUUCUAUCGCAUGAUCUUCCAUCCGCUCGUCUUCUUUACGCUGCUUUAUCAUCGCCUCAUCAACCUCAUCAUAGCACUGCCCGCCAUGCUGCCGCUGAGUGUGCGUUGCAGCCUCUUGGUGCUGAUUGCCUGGUGGAGCACGCUGGCGGACACGGAGCGACAAUUGCUACCGCUGAUCAGCUACUAUUUAAGUCUGGGCGUGAUGCUGUGGUCCACUUGUCGCAUGCUGAAGACCAAGCAGCAGUUUGUGGACUUUCGCAUCUGGUCGGGACUGUUUCUCAGCUACGGGGAUCACAACAUUGAGGCAGAGAUCUCGGAGCAGCGUUUCUUGCGCAACAACAUGAAGCCAUAUCUGUAUUAUUUCGGCGCUUUCAUCUGCAAUCUGAUUGUCUACCCGCUGGUGACCGACGCCUGGCUGCCUCACUCGGAGCUGACCAUCAUCUCGGGUGCUUUUACCUUCAUCACGCUGGGCGUCUUUAUGUUUGCCGCAUCUCCAGUGCUGCCCGAUUGGCUGGUCAUUGUCUCAUUUGCCGUCAAUGUGCUGGCCAAGUAUCCCUAUGAAAUGGAUGAAGUCGUCUCCACACACUGGCGUUUCUUGGACCUCCGAGUGCCCACGUUCUCCUCGUUUGUCAUUGGGAAUGGCAUCGAGUUCUGUCUGAAUUGUCGCACCGCUCUCUAUCUGUUGAUACCGCUCCUCCUCGUCCUGCUGGCCAAGCGCUCCAGCUGGCAUGGCGUCUACACCUAUUUGAUACCACACUGCGUCACGCUGAGCUGGCUCCAGGUCUGCAUUGUCACCUCACAGAGUGCCACAAUGUUUGGUGCAAUGCGCGCUGCUUUGGGACUGGCUGGCGUUGUGCUCUUCCUGCCGCUGUUUGGCAUUGUGGCGCUGCUAGUGCCCGUCUUUGUGGCCAUCGAUAGCUUGGACUUGGCCAGCGAACAUCUGCGAUGGGGAUCAACUGCCAUUGCCUGCUCCUUGGUGGUGCUGCUCUCCUGUGUGUUGGCUCUGAAUCGUGCCACACAAAAGUACAUAACAAUGUUGCAGCUUCUUGUUGGCCUCACCACCGCCUGUAUGCUGGUCUUUCCCUACAUGACGUCCAGCUUCAAGGAUACUCCACGUUACAACGCCGUACCCACCGUCUUGUCCACCUCGAGUGCUGGUCGCCACUCCGUGCCAGUUGCCCUGCAAUGGGAGCGCUUCUACGAGCUGUGUGCCCAGCCUGUGCAGGAGCAGCCCAACAAGAUCAAGGCACAGUUGCGUUGCUCGCAUUUGAAUGGCAUGUUUGUGGCCUGGGAAGGCAAAGUGUCGCAGGUGCAGAUUGCUCGAGUGGCCAAUGUACUGGAGGAUGUAGUGGCCAACUAUCUGCCCAAUUGGCUAGGCAAACUGUUGCGCUGCGUGCACGGCGAGAACAUUGCCAAGCAUUUUCAGUGCGAUCCCAAGCAGGAUGAUCAGUGCGUGGAAUGGCAACGUGUCAUCAAGGAUCUGAGUGCCCAGACGGGACACUGCACGCUGCAGCGCUGGAAUCGCUAUGAAUACGAACUGCUGGUGCAGGUGGCGGCCACUGGCAGCAUCUUGGGACGCUCCACGACCACCGGAGUUGUGCUUCGUGCCCAUCAUGAUUUUGGCAACUUCACACAGCUGUUGCAACGCGGCGAUCGCGUCAUGUUCUAUGGCACUUUGCACAAUUCGCGUCUUCUGCCCAACAAUGUGCGGGAGCAUUAUGUGCUGGGGUCUAGUGCUCCUCCUCAGGUGGAGCUGAAGACCAUCGAGUGUCUGGAUUGCCACAAUGCCGCAUUGAGCUCGGCGAGCAUUCAGAAAGCAGUGCAUUCGUCACCAGUAGAUGCAAGGAUGCAGGAUCUGAUGCGUGGCAUCAAGUAUUUGCUGAAUGCUCUGCUGAGUCCCUUGAUCACAUUCAAAUAGAUGCGAUGAGAGAAGCCCUCGAAAGACAUUAUUAUUAUUUAGCCAUUAGUUGAACAAAUCCCUGUUGAGAUUGAAGUGAAUACAAAAUAUGUUUUAUUGUUAACGUAA